AUAAAAUAGGCCAAGACAUUCUUCUCUCUUCCUCUUACAUCUUUUUCGCCGGAACUGCAGUUCAGGCGCCAGCUGAGGAAAACACUAUCUCUCUCUGCAGCAACCGACCAACCAUGGCGAAUCAAAGCAACGGGGAAGUUCUGAUGCUGGAAGCUCCACCGUCUUAUGGUAGGCCAAGUAGUUCAGACGCGGAAAUCAUCGACGCAUUGCCUUACAUUGACGACGACUACGCUGACCCCAGGAUCAAGCUUGAAGUUGACCGUCUCGUCGAGGAUGAGAUGCGCCGUAGCUCUAAGAAGCCCACCGAUUUCCUCAAAGAUUUGCCUCCUCUUCCCAAGUCCAAUUUUCAGGACUACCCAAUGAUUGCCAGAGAGUAUGAGCGUGUAAGAGCUGGAAGGCCUCCCGUUUCUCUUGAUAGGUCGCGAUAUGUGUUAGAAACACCACCGGUGAAUAAAAGGAGUGAUGAAACUGCUUGGAAGCAAGCUCUUCAGAGAGCUCAACGCCUACUGCAGUAUCAGAUGAUGAGGAUGGAAAAUUUGGAAUUGUUGUUAAAAUAUGGUCCUGAUUCCUGGAAACUGCACAACCAACGAUUGGAAGUAUACCUGUCAAGAAUGCAGAAAUUAGCUCAGGAACAAAAUGAAAAGAUUGAAAAAGUAAAUCGUGAAAGGAAAUAUCAUCAGCAAAAUACCGCAUAUGAGCUUAAUGCUUUGUGCAUGCAAUGGAGGGAGCUCUGUCAGAAAAAUAUAGACAUCAGUGUUGCGUGUACUUCACUUGACACACACAUAAAAGAAUUGAAAAGAGAAGCAACAGAAAGAGGCUGGAACUUGGAAGCUAUCACAGAAAAUGGCCAAUUGUCGAAUUCCGAGUUAUGAGAUUCGUACGUUCUCAUCUAGUUUUGUAUCCGUAAUGAAUUUGUUCAGCUUAAACUUGACUUUAAUUGCUUCUGUACCUCAAUUUUUAGUUUAAUAUCAUGAAAAAAAAUUAUCCAUUUGCUCACGCA